AUGGCGAAGAGAACGAAGAAGGUUGGAAUCGUCGGCAAGUACGGAACUCGUUAUGGAGCGAGUAUCAGGAAGCAGAUCAAGAAGAUGGAGGUCAGCCAGCACAGCAAGUACUUCUGUGAGUUCUGCGGCAAGUACGGAGUGAAGCGAAAGGCUGUCGGAAUCUGGGGAUGCAAGGAUUGUGGCAAGGUCAAGGCUGGUGGUGCUUACACCAUGAACACCGCCAGUGCUGUCACAGUCAGAAGCACAAUCAGGAGGCUGAGGGAGCAAAUUGAGGGUUAAAUCGUCUUAUGCACUAUCAGUAUUCUGGCUUUGUUUUGACGAUCAUGUUUUGCAAUACUCUUCCCAUGUUUUUGUUUCAUGACUCUUUUACAUUUAGCAAAUCAAUCUUCGAGUUUUUUUUUGGAUUUGUUUUAACCAGUACACGAAAUGUUAAUUACAGAGGCUGCUACCGAUUCAGUUAACCUUGGUUUGAAACUGAACAAAUUCUUGGAGGUUUACAUAAAUUAGAAAAAUAAUUAAUAAGCUGGGACGCAACAAUUUCUAAAUUUCAACAGUAAAUUCAAAAAUCCAACCAACUGGGCAAAUAUAUUUCGAAGUAGAUUGUCUCAUUGUCUGUCUUCUUCCACCAACGAACCAUGCUGUUACGAUUCACAUUUUUGGAGACUUCAUAAGAGGUUCUUUCUGAGAUCCCAGUGUCCAACUUCAUUUUAAUCCUUUACCCAAUGGGUUGAUUGUAUGCUCCAUUCAAACCCCAGUCAUCGUUUCAUUUGCUCACAGGCCGGAGCCACUUAAAG